UUCUUCUAUGUCAACCUGUUCAGUUUUUUUCUUCUGUCUUUUUUUUUUAAGACAGCUGUGACGUUCCAUGGGAGGGGCCUCUCGAUCCCAGACACGGGAAGAGGACGACUGGUAACUUUUUCCCUCGGCAGAAGGCACGGGCAAAGCAGGAAUCGGCCGAGUGCGAACAGGUUUUGCAGCGCUUUGGGUGGAGUCCGCGGGGCGAUGGCAGGAAUGUAACCUUGGACUUCGAAUGGGAAAAGUGUGAGCAGGUCGUUGGAUAUACUGCCGGAGAUCGAGGAGCGACUGGAAGAAAUUUAGGUCUCCCUCUAAGCCCCAACCUCCCCCCUCACCUCACCUCACCCUCCUACCGUACCAUUGGCCAUGGCCCACCGUUCGCAGAGCUCCUCGGUGGGGGAGAACCCCCUGGACCCCAACUACCUGCCCCCCCACUACCGCGAAGAGUACCGCCUGGCCAUCGAUGAGCUCAUCGAGAACGACGAGGAGGGCUACCACCAGUUCUUGCAGAGCGCCAACGUGGUGGGCUUCCUGUCGCAGCUGGAGAUCGAGCACAUCAAGCGGCACGUGCAGCCGCCGCAGUCCCAGCAGCAGGCCCCCUCCAGGACCGGCUCGCAGCUGGAGCUCACGUACCAUCCGACGGAGGACGACACCUCGUCCGACACCUACUGGCCCAUGCACUCGGACCUGGACGCGCCGGGCCUGGACCUGGGAUGGCCGCUGCCACAGCACUCGUUCGUGGGGCCCACGGAGGUCACGACCCUGGUGAACCCCUCUGACCCAGAGAUGCCGAGCAUCAAGGAGCAGGCGCGGCGGCUUAUCAAGAACGCGCAACAGGUCAUCGCCGUGGUGAUGGACAUCUUUACAGACAUUGAUCUCUUUGCUGACCUCCUGGAUGCUGCCGCCCGCCACGUGCCCGUUUACAUCCUGCUAGACGAACAGAAUGCCUACCAUUUUCUCAACAUGGUGACAAACUGCAAAGUCAACUUGGAGAUGAUUCAUAUGAUGCGUGUACGGACUGUAUCGGGUGUCACGUACUUCUGCCGCACGGGCAAGUCAUUUAAAGGACAGGUGAUGGACCGUUUCCUGAUGACCGAUUGCAGAGCUGUGCUCAGUGGAAAUUACAGCUUCAUGUGGUCUUUUGAGAAGAUCCAUCGCUGCAUCGCCCAUCUCUUCCUGGGGGAGUUGGUGGCCACUUUUGAUGAGGAGUUUCGAAUCCUCUUCGCCCAGUCCCAGCCUUUGGUGCUGGAAAACGCACUGGUGCCCUCCGAAGGCGGUGGGUACUUCGGCAGCAGCCAGUUUGGUAGCCUCAAGAGGUCCCAGUCCAUGCGUCAGACGCGCGGCUACUUCCGCCAAGCAGAGCUCUCCUCUUAUGCCUUCGGUGACCGUGUGGAUUCUUCACUGCAAUUCAGGCGAGAGGACCCCUUCCGUCACACCAUGGAGCAUGGCGGUGGAGGCAUGAAGAUAGGAAAGUACUCCUCGCAGCAGUCCUUUCGCAUGCAGCAGCAGGGCUACAUGGAGCAGGGCGGGCGCUCCUUCAUGGCUUCGCAGCAGGUCGAGAGGAACGCCUUCAAGAGGCACAGCUAUGCCGAGGGCACGCAGGAGAGCUACUCCUCGUCGCGCACGUACAUGAAGCACCGCGUCAUGAGUAACCUGGAGGAAAUGGAGCAACAGUACCAGAGGGAGCAACACAUGCACCAUGCUGAGGGCUUUGGAGGAGCUUACGAGCAGCUCCGCAGUCGUGCUCUAAAGCACACGGACCAGCACUCCGAUGGCGGGUACAUGCCCGAGUUGGAGCCACCGUCCGAUUACAAUGUCCUGACGUCUGACGACCUCAGCCAUGGACAGUCUCACCCGCAUGCAGGACGCUACGACCCAACAGGCCACAAGAGGCCCACGGCGGGCCAAUCAUACGCGUGCCAGAGUUCCCCGACUCAAACUCACCCGCCAGACUUAAAACAGAGGUUUGAUGGUGCUAAGGGAGACCAUGGAGGACAGGACCACGAUGCAAAGCAGGGCUUGAGAGACUGGAGAAUCAGCUCGUAUCUCAGUGCGUAUGAGGACGCAGAUGACGAGUGUGCACAGGAACCUCUUGGCCCUGACGCCUUCGACGAACCGGACUCUGAGCGGAGAUUUGAAACCAGGGAGCAUCCCAACAGGCCAAAACUGGAUAUGCGACCAAAAUAUGGUAAACCUAUCCUUCCUGACAGAAAAGGCAUUAGGGACAGUUCCAAGGACUUGAACAUAGCUGACGAGUCAAAGAUGAAGCCAGCGGACUCUCUUUCCUCUUUGGGGACUGAGGACGAGGCAGAGGGACGAGAUUAUGGCCUUACCAAACACGAAUCUUUCCGCUCCCGAAUAAACCCAAUGCUGCAAAGGAGCUCUCGUCUGAGAUCUUCACUCAUUUUCAGCUCCUCGAAGUUAGAGACGCACAAUGCGUCCACGGCGGAGGACGGUGACGGUAUUAAAACCUCAUCUGUGGUGGCUGAAAUCCUGGAGAAGAGGAGGUCACUGUCAAGGGAGCCUUUUGACUGGAGCAAGCACAAGAGGAAUCAAGCUACUGACUCAGCAGAACCAAAAACCUCAGACAGCAACGCUGUGACAUCUGGCGAGACGACGAAAAAGGCCUUAGCGGAAUUAAAGGAAGAGACCAAAGAGGACACCAAUAAAACCAAAGUGGAAACAUCCAAAACUACUGAAGAGAAAGAAUCAGCAAAUGAGAAAAAAGAUGUAAAAACCCUGAACAUGAAUGAUCCCGAAAGCCGACUUCUAUACUUUAAAGAACUCGCUGCAAAGAGAAAAGUAGCAAGGGAAGAACUGGAAUCCAGCACAGAAAGAACUCAUGGAACAGGACUGAAAAAGUCUGAUCUUUCAACCUCCACAACUACUGCUGACAAACCUCCUGAAGUUAAAGUCAGCGAGGCAGAACAUGUAAAACCAGGGCCAACAUCAAAGCCUCUGGUGACCUCAGUAAAACCAAAACCUCCCGAUCUGGUUUUGGAGAAGCACAACACAACCACCGAUACACAGAAAGAGGAAAGCCUUGAGGUAAAGAAAGAUGCGAAAACUUUGAAGCCCUUCCCCUCGCCCAAGUUUUUCAAAAAGGACCCCCUGAAGUCAUUUAAAAACACUACUUCAACUACUACCCUGUCACACCGUCUGUCGGCUGGUGAAGAAAUACUGACAGAUGCCACAGAUGCAGAGAAGAGCGAAAUGAAGAAGUCCCGUAGCCAAAGUUCAUCCGUGGCACCCUCUGAAUCGCGUGACCAUGGCAGCCUCACACGUCAGGGCUCCAACACUUCACUGAACACAUUACAUGCUGACGGAAAGGACACCAAAGCGCUCGACUUCCUGAAGAAACAGACACAGAGACUCAAGGGCUUCAUAGGAUCGAAGGGAGAAAAGAAGGGAACCCAAGCAUCAGAUAGCAAGACCAUGAAAACAGUCCCAGAAACGAAAGAGGGGACCACAGAUGCAAAGUCAGACCACUCGGCAAGCUCUACGGAGAACCACAAGGCACCAAAUAAGCCUGUCCAAUCUCGCUACCAGACCUCAACGGCCAACGUCCUUUUCAGCAGCAACCUAAGGGAUGACACGAAAGUGAUACUCGAGCAGAUUUCUGCCAACAGUCAGAAGAACCGACUGGAAAUGGCAAAGCAGCACGAGUCAACGGAGAGCGAUGGGGGCGUCGAUGGCGCAGGUCAGACAACCGACCGAUUGCAGGUCAAAAGCCGGUUUGGUGGUCGGGCUCCCUCCAACCCCCAGGAUAGAGAUAACCUGUUGAAGAGGAUCGAGAGCUUCCGAAAGGAGAAGAAAGUCUACAGCCGUUUCGAGGUGUAAAUGCAACAUGUGGAUAAAAAUAAAAACUCCAUUGUAACAGAUGGGAAACAACCUGGGAUAGCAGACGAAGGACCUGGAGAUGGUCUGGAGACCAUCUAUCCUCUGAUAGCCUUAUUGUACCAAACACAAAUAUUAUUUUUUGUUAUCAACUAAUGGAGAUUAUUACAAUUUCAGUCACAACAAUUGACCAACCUCUUGUGUCUGGGUCUGGGAACACACAACCACCAGAGAAUCUUGUAUUAUAUUUUGCAAAGGUGGAUGGCGUUUGGACUCAGAUUCUACACUUUAACAACCUGGCAGUGCCAACCAAAGUUUUUUGUGGUCAGCCCAAGUUGCCCUUAUUUGGACACCAUGGAGGCCUAUUGUUUUGGACACAGCUUGAACUUGUGUGGAGACACAUGCACACCGGAGCAAAAGCACACAGACACACACACACACACACACAAACCUCACUGCCCAGUGUAAAUAUUAAAAACAAAUACCCAGUGAUGAAAGACUGCAGUCAUAGAACAAACCUACAUUUGACAUUGUGAUGUACAUACUAUAUUUCUCCACAACAUCCACCCCACACCCACAAAACACAAUAUGUUUACCCAGUGUCUUCUGUGCCAAUGUAAACUGCUGUCAAAUGUAGCCAAAUGAGGCUGGAACUGCUUGAAAAUCCUCUGCUAAAAGAAACCACAGGUAGCGUCAAAGAGUGGAAUGUAAUUGCACAAGGUAGAAUGAAAGUGUAAGUGUUAGAGAACAGUAAUAGUACGAAGGAAAGAAGGGUUUGUCUUUUUUAAAAGCAACUGAACAACAUGGCUGAUUUCUUAGUUAAACUCAAGUGGGGUGUACUGUACAUUGGUAUGUGUUUGAUAACCACAUCAGCAGGAGUGCUACAUGUUUUAUGUGAGGGAAAGCAGUCGGUCGGCAGUAACUCUACACACUCAGGGAAAGGCCAUGCCCCAGUUAAACCGGAGAACCCUCACGUACAGAGGCACGAUGUAAUGUAUUUCUCCACAGAACUGUACAGGUACUUGUGGUGCUGUUUCUACCAUGUUUUUUUUUUUUUUUUUAACUUCUAUGAGUAUGGGGUGGAGCUAAUGGUUCACUAUAAUGUGGGCGACGGACUGUAGUGGGCCCAUACCGUAUG